AUGGACAGCUCAUUCAUUCCCAAGGAGCUGGUCGGGAGGGACAUUUAUCAAAUCCUGGGUCUGACCUUCGACGAUGCAGGGAAGGAUAACAUAAAAAAUUUAAUAAGAAAGAGGUACCUGAAAUGUGCGCUGGUUGUGCACCCCGAUAAGGUGGAGGGUGGCACACGGGGGAGCGGCACACGGGAGAGUGGCAAACAUGGCAGUUCUUCCAACGCAUCCAAGACGGACAGCUUCAACACGCUCAAGUGCGCGUACGAGUUUUUAAUGAACGAACAGCUGAGGAAUAAGUACAAUCUAUACGUCGCAGAGCAGAAGACAAAAAAAAAAAAAAAUGGCCCAAUCAGAGGUAACAUCAGUCUGAGCCGCUCUAUAGACAAGAGAAAGCUUGAUGCACAGCAGAAGCAAAAGUUAGCGUUUAAAACCAAAUUGGAGGCACGAGAAAGGGAGAUGGCCAGGAAGGGGGAAGGAAAAAAUAAGUGGACUACCAAUGCAGCCGAAUGGGCACAGGGUGCAAAGUCACGUGAUCCCACGGCGAGCAGUUACCGCAACGGGAAGAACAAUCGGAAAAAGAAAAAUGCGCAGCAGGAAGCGGAACUGAGGGAAGGGAACCAUUUAAAAAAAAUGAAAGCGCAGAAUGAAGAUUUUGUAAGAAGGCACUCCGCGCAUCCCGGUCAGAGAAACCGCCAAAAAGACGUGCGAGAAGAGGAAGAUGGAGAAGAAAGGAACCGAGCCAUCGAAAUUUAUUUGGCCAAUUAUUCACACAACGUUGACCUGCUACAAAGGUACAUAGAAAAAAAGGAAUUUUUAACCUUCUUCCUCGAUUUUAACUUUCAAAAGUAUUACCUGAACAAGAAUGAGGAAGAGACGCAGAGUGAAAGGAGGGUCGGUUUGUUUUCCUUUAGUCAUCGCAGCGAGGCCAUUCGUGCAUAUUUACACUUCAAGAGAAAUGGCCAACACAUUGACAGCAAUUUUAAGCUGAGGCUGGCGGUGCCCUGCAACGAGGGCGGAGAAGUGAGCUCGGAGGGGGGAGGGCCCCAGAACGGAACAGCAGUGAAUGACACAGCGGCGAAGGACGUCGCAGCGAACGGCACAGCGGAGGACCCCGCGGCGAAGGACAACGUCGACAGGAUGAUGAGCGACAUGGUGGACGAGCUGGACAAGAUGUUUUCCCUCUGA